AUGAAGCUGAAAAGGCGCCUGGGCGCCCUCCGCUGCGACCCCGACUACCUGCGGGGCGCCCCGGGCAGGGCCAAGGUGGCCGAGGUGGUUUUGGCACUGAUUGCAUUCAUCUGCAUAGAAACCAUCAUGGAAUGUUCCCCGUGCGAAGGCCUUUAUUUCUUUGAGUUUGUGAGCUGUAGUGCAUUUGUAGUUACUGGAGUUUUAUUGCUUAUGUUCAGUCUAAAUCUUCAUACAAGAAUACCACAGAUCAACUGGAAUCUUACAGAUGUGGUCAACACUGGACUCAGCACUUUCUUCUUUUUCAUUGCAUCUGUUGUACUCGCUGCUUUAAACCAUAAAACUGGAGCAGAGAUCGCUGCUGUGAUAUUUGGUUUCUUGGCAAUGGCAGUGUAUGCUGUGAGUCUGUAUUUAGCUGUUAAGAAAUGGCGAAUGAACGGCAGGCAGCAGAACAGCCGGCAGACCAGCAAUUACUUGCGGGCCCGGACAGAGUCGAGAGAAGUGGAUCAGCAUCCUGAGAUUCAGCGUUUGGAUGAUGCAUGAAAGCUACAUCUGGGGAGAGGACUGUGAGGAGGGAAAACGAACAUUUUAUUUUCUCUCAUCAAGUAAAGUUCAUGUAGUUUUCAGUUUUCCAUAUUUUUAGGAAGAGAAGGGAGAGCCUGUCUUGGCAGAAAAUACCUGGCUGUGUACAGAGAAAUACUUUGAUCUACAUUUUGUUCAGAAGCCAUUCACAUGAAGGCUAUAAGUACUGGCCACACAAAGCAAGAUCUGUAUGAAAAGUCCACAUAAGUGUCUGAAGUCUGUUAGUAUUUUGAUUAAACACCUGUAGGGUACUUUUUCCAGUUUCAGGCUGUAGAGACCCAUCGUAUUCUACCACUAUC